AAUGAAGAGAUGCUCUUCAGACAGACGAUAUGAUAUCACUGUGCAGGCCAAUUUGUUGUUGGUCAGGAGCGCACAAAUCGGGCGACAGCUGGAAAGUCUCUGCGUUUGUCUGGAGUUGGACGAUUGCUGAUGGAACGUUUCCGCAAUAUCGAGAUGGAAUCUUGAUGGAAGGCUGUUUCUCGACGUCAGGUUCCCAAGUGCGGUGCCGUCAAUAACAGAAACCAGUUAAGGAGCAGCAGAAGCCUGCAAAUGUCAAGUGGUCCGUCAUGAAAAUCCGGGGAGGGCGGGAGAUGGUCGAAAGUUUGGUUGCUGAUGUGGCUGUAUGGAAUCUAACCAAUCGAUGGGGGGUUCUUGUCUGUUUGUACCGGGUGCAGUGCCCACUGCCACUUGCCAUUUUUACUCAUUCAUUCUCUGUCUUCGUUGUUCCUUCCUCGUUGGGCUGGAGUUGGAAGGACGCAAAUCUGACAACCAUCAAAGAUUUUGUGCAACAUACUACAGCAAUCCUGCUAAUUUGGCAGUUGCCAUAUGCAAUUCGUGCGCUCUCCUUGGUUGUAGAUGGCAGUUGCAGCCCUAUCAGAACCACAUCUUCUCAGUGGUGCUUCCUUCCACUUUCCUUUUGCUUUCUUGCUGCUUGUGCCCUCUUCAACACAUUGCAACCGCGAACCUUGGUGGCCUUGGCUGCUCUUCACAGAUUGCUGGUACAAUUUUCCGUCUCUUCUCCCUGCUCGUGCUGUUGGGAAGGAGCCCAUCACACGUAUAGAGAAGGCGAGUUCCGGUCAUCGCAAGUUCACUCCAAUCCAGUUCAGCCGGGCAGUUGCAAAAGCCCGAGGGAAGCAUCAUCGGAUACAUUCAUGAGACGGGAAUGCAACAAGACCUCCCAGACCCGACUCUCAAAUCUACCUCCCGUCUACAUGAGCUGUCAUCGUCAUCAUCGGCUAGAUGUCACCGCCAGGUCCCGUCAGCCAGACCUUCUCUCGUCCUCCAACAAAAUCCAAUCCAUCACUACCCGUUGGGGCACUGACCACCUCACCAACGGGUACUACGACAAGAAGACUGCCGGCGGUGAAUCCAGCUAUAGUAUUGAUAGGUACCUAUUGUCAGUUCUUCAUUCUGACUACCAGCUGUGUACAGGUGUCGGUUUCUCCAGGCUGUUCCUGCACUGUCAAGGACGCCCGUCAACGGGCCGAGCACUGGAUAUGACCAACACCACGAUCCGAUGCUUCUAGUACUUGUUUCUGCCGCGAACAUGCACCUUAUCCGACACAGUUUGAGAGACGAAUACAAGGCCAGGCAGUCUGCACUCCUUCCUUACAUUAGCGAGGCAAGCCUGCCCUGAUGUUGACAUAAAACUGGCAGAACAGUCAAACGGUAUGUCCCCCGUCACCGUCUGAUAUUAACGUGGCAGCUGUAUUGGUGACUUGUACACACUCCAGGAAGCGAUACACAAAAUACGAUAU